AGUCCAGAUCAGAGCAGCUGCAGACAGAGAACAUGAAACCUGAGGAAAAGAACCUUCUCACUUCCUCUAAGGGGAGUUUAAAAUAACUGAACACAGAUGCUGUCCUAUGCACUCAGAAUGUGAUAUAUAAUGCAGGCUUCUUCGUUGUAGAUUCUUGAAAUUGAAUAUUGUUUCUUUUACAAGAAGAUUUUAGAAAAACACGCUCUUCUUUAAGCCAUGCUGUGUGAAGGACGACUGCUGAGCAUGACCUACUUCACCAUGAUUGAGGAGCGUGACCCACCGGCUCUUCAGACAUCCUCGAAGUGUGCUCAGGGUCCACCUGAACCAACCCCCACGCCUGACCCCGCCACACUCCCUCCACCUGAGACUCACAGUUCCCUGGUGCGAGCAGGUGUCUCGGACAGCACAGCUUCAUUGGAGUUGUACAUUUCUCCUUUGCAGUCCUUGGAUCUCCAGGAGAUCCUCACAGGGAGACAGAUCUCUCCAAAAAUCGAGAUCCCAGCCCAGGCUUGCUCGGCUGGGGACGCCCCGUUCUUGGUUCCUUCCUCUUGUCAGAGCAUCUGCCAAAACUACAGCGACCUCCACAUUGGCGGAGACCAGGUGCUGCCUCUGUCAGCCAACCAAGGUGAGCUGCGAGUCUGUCCUGAAGCACAGGCUGUCCGUCCUUUCCUCCAGUCUUGUGACGUCCCCCCAGAUGAGGAGGACUCUCUGCUGGGACAAGGUUUCCAGGCUGGUCAAACGCAUCCUUUCAGAAAAGGUUCACAUCGUUGGCGGCAAGGAAGUGGUCGAGAUUGGAGUGUUGUGUUUCAAGGACAUGAAGGGCCCUUUUCUAACUCCCUUCUAAACCACUACCUGGAGCAAAAGAUCUUGGAUGUGUACCAGCAAUAUAUCAUGGAAAACGUGGAGAGACACGGAACUCUGGCUUCUGAAGCCGGCAACAUCUGGCCUCUUCUGGGCUCAGAGCUCGUCCUGACCAGCCUGGACCAGAUCACCCUACAGCUCAGUAGGGAAGGCAACCUGGAGGCCGGCCUGGCCAAGGACAUGGUCCUGAGCUGCUUGCUGCGGGUGGCUGGUGACAUGCAGUCAAGUGAGAUCAGCACUCCCAUUCUGCAGUUUUCAAAUGAGGCAUCAGCAGAGAAGCUUACAGAGAAAAAAGAGGAGUAAUCUCAGGGUCAAGGAACGCUCAAACAACUCUCCCUUUCAUUCAACUUCCAAGAAAAUAAAAUGUGACUGAAUUUUUUACUCUGAUCACCUCUUGAAAAGACUUUUAAAGCAAGAUCUGAGAGCAAACAUUAAUCAAUUACUGUGAGGGUGUGCUGUAAAGAUAUAACUAGCUGUUAACACUCAAACUUGUCUUGGACUUCUCUAAUUCUCUGUGAAACUAAUGUCAAACAGGAACUGAAAGCACCAGCUGACACUUCUCUUUCUUGCUCAUAUAAGACCGUUAGCUUUGACAGAACAACACACUUCUUUUUUCAGACUAUAUAUGUAAUAUGUAAUCUAUCUAAGUCCUAAUAUAGUUGAACAAGUGUUAAGGCAGAAAAAUGCGUCUUCUAAAAGGUUUUUUGAGGUCUAAUAAAAGGAAAACAUCUAUAGGAAGUUUAGAAGGACUAAACCCUGUCAGAAUUUAAUGGAUUUCACUGAGUGAUGACGAGUUCACCCCUUACAUUUCUGCAGAUAUUUAAUUAUAUCAUUUUAAUAGGACAACAAUACUAAAACAAUUUUUUAACGCAAUGAAAAGUAGUCAGUGCCCAUCUUGUAUAGCAAUGUAAAGUUAUUUUUUCUGCAAAAUAAAUCAUAAUUGAGGCAUCAAUAGCCAAACCCCUGGCAACAAAAGUGAAGGGUGUACUCACUUUUGUGAAAUACUGUAUAUAUAUAUAUAUAUAUAUAUAUAUAUUUCAUUACAAAAAAAAAAA